AUGCGUGGCUUUCUACUCAUAUCCACUCUCCUCCUUGGAGCAAGCGCAUUGCCCCAAUCCACCGAUGAUGAAUUUGAAAUUCUGAAAUAUCGCAAUUGGGAUCUCCGCCUCUCCUUACCCGGCUGCACCCCGAACACCACGAAUCUCAAACUCUCGCUAUACCAUCGCGGUGGAGUCUACACCCGGGACUGCGUCUCCUUGUUAGAAGACACCGGACCGGACGCAAAGCCCGUCAACCUGAGUCGGGUGGAUACUGUGUCAUGGAAAAACAAACGACUGAACUACGAUCUCUGCUUGUAUCCUAGUGCCGACUGCUCGGAUCAAAAUAGCAAGGCGAUCCGAAAUGGCUGGGAGGUUUGCCUGCCGUAUGAGGGAUGGGAGGGAUAUCGGAUUGUGGAGGCGGGUGAUACUUGUACGGUGGAGGUUUAA